CGCGAACAGCUAAAAUACUGUCAGCUGUGUGAAAAAAAAAACAAAAAAAAUUUAAGUCGGACAUCGCGCUGCGUCUUUUUUUGGAACAGAAAAAUAAUCAAUUUCAGCCCAGAUUUGUAAUAUUUCCGUGAAGAUUUUGCGCGAUGACCAACGUAACGGUGGUGUUUGAGUACGAGGAACCGGAACACUGCCGACUGUGCCUAUCGGAGGGCACCGAGGACAACGAAUUGUGUGCGAUCCGAGAGGAGGGCCGGGACGACGAGCAGGAUCUGAUACGGGUCAUCCGGGAGCUGCUGCAGAUCGAUCUGGACGACACGGACGAUGCGAUCUUUGUGUGUUCCACCUGUCUGGAGAGUUUGGAAGAAUUCUACCGCUACCGAACGGUUUGCCGUCAGAACAAUGUCCACCUGAAGAAGAAGGCCAUUGCCCGGAAGCAGAAACAGAUCGAGUUGGCCAAAAGUGCCAUCGAAAACACCAACGUGCUGGAUUUGGUGGGCGAUGGUGAACCCAUAAAAGUGAUAAUUCGAAUGAAUGCCGAAGGCAAGACGUCCUUGAGGCUACAGGUACAAUCCAAAAAGCAACCAUCUACGGAAGUAAAUGCGACAAACUCCAGUAAUUCCGAUCCGAGCACCAGCAAGGCCAGAAGCUCACCGGAACGUUCAAAACUACCAACACCAGAACCGCAAUCGACUCCGGCAAUCAAUCCCGCUGCCCUGAAACCUUCGAACAAAUUACGUCUCUCCAAUCUGAUCAGUUUGCCCAAGCAGGACUUUUACUUCUUCAAGCUGCCCAGCGGCAAGCACGGGCUGAUCUACGGCGGCUACCGAUACUAUGGCUUCAUUCCCCGACACAAUCAAACCUUCUGGAUGUGUGAACAGCGCAAAAGCCAACGCUGUGACACGAUGCUGUUUGUCGAUCGAGCCUACGGGACGUUCUUCAUCAACCGGGGUCACUGCCACGAUCCGCCCACGCUGGAGAAACACAUGAUGGUGUUCAAAUCGCAGGACGUACUGCCGGAUGUGAUCCGAAAGGAAAAACUGCGGGAACAACAGUUGGCCCUGAAGAGCAAACACCAAAUCACGGAAGAAAUUCAACUGCCGGAGGAUGAGCUGAACAUAAAGCAGGAAUCCGACGACGACGAUGACGAAAAUACGGAUGAGGACGACGAAGAAGAUCCGAACACCGACGAUGAAGCUGAUGCUCAAAAAUUGGCAAACUAUCAAGACGAUAGUGACGAAAAGGAUCAUGUGAAAAAUGUCGAAGUUAAGUCUGAAAACCCGGAAGAGCACUCCUCCCAUUGUGCGAGCUCGCAAGUUCAAAUCGAAGCCGGGGACAAUACGUACAUCAUUCAAGAGCUCACAUAAUAGUAUCUAAAUCUUACCUAACAUUCCAAGAACCGUGUAUUACGUUAGACUAAGCUAAAGCACAGUCAAUAAAAUUCGCUUUUCUUGUUAAUACCA